AUGCCGGAAUUCGUUCUGGUCACGGGCGCAACUGGCUUCAUCGGCGCCCACAUAGUGGACGCGCUCCUCGCUCGAGGCCUGCGCGUGCGGGGUGCAACGCGUUCAUUAGGAAAAGGCGAUGCUAUGGUGAAGAUGCGCUUGAAAUAUAAAGGGAAGCUCGAAUUUGUUCAAAUUGACGAUUUUGAAAACCCUGGGGGUCUGGUGGAAGCCGUCAGGGGCGUUGACGGGGUGAUUCACGCUGCUAGUCCAUUUACCUACAACACAACAAACAACGAGCGAGAGCUCGUUGUCCCUGCCAUCAACGGUGUACGUGCAGUUCUCAAUGCUGCUAGCACCAACCCACAGAUAACUCGCAUCGUCCUUACUUCUUCUUUUGCGUCCAUUCUCGACAUAAAUCGAACGGAUCUGCCCUACUUCACCUACACCGGGGCGGACUGGAAUCCCCUCACAUACGAAGAAUCAGUCGAUCCAGCAACAAGCGCCGUCAUCGCCUAUCGCGGCUCGAAGAAGUUCGCAGAGCUCGAGGCCUGGAAAUAUAUCAAAGAACACAACCCAAAUUUUGACAUCGUCGCCCUGUGCCCGCCAAUGACCUUCGGACCGGUAGUCCACCCUGUCUCCAACGUGAAGAAUCUCAACGAAUCCAACGCUAUGCUGUGGAAGAUUGCCGAGGGAGCGAAACCUCUUCCUGUUUCGCGAGUCCCGUUCUGGAUUGACGUCCGCGACCUUGCUACUGCACAUGUGGAAUCACUCCUUCGAAGUGAGGUAGGCGGCAAACGAUAUGUCCCAUCCUCUCCAGAGCGAUUUUCCUAUGGACUGGCUGCAAAGAUCAUGACGGAGGAGUUUCCGCAUUUGAACGAUAAGGUGUCACAAGAGGAACAAAUAAUUGACGAGUCAUACGGCUUGGAUGGACAAACUGUUGCUAAGGAAUUGGGAUAUGAGUAUCACUCUUUCCGGGAUACGGUGAAGGACCUUGUAGCGCAAGCCAUUGCACUAAGCAAAGUAUCCUCUUAG